AUGACCGACUAUGACUUCCUGACCGAGCCCGGAAUACCGCGAGUCUCCUCCAUCUCCGCCUCACAGGCGCUUCGAGCAUCGUCGUCGCUGUUGUCGACUCCAUACCCUUUCCCCGCUGUGCCUGCACCACUCCCAACCGGCCUAGAUCGACUGGAUGAUGCAUUGCGCACCGCCACAGCUGCUGCCACGGACUAUGCGGCCAGUCCUGCUCGUUCUGGCCACGGGCCAUCAGCAGGCGGGAUUCCCAGAGGGAGCAUCACUGAAAUAUAUGGUCCGCCGGGGGUAGGCAAGACUGCCGUUUCGCUCAAUAUAGCAGCGACGACUCUAGUGGCAGGAGAGGACGAGAAGGUAGUAUGGAUUGACACCGGCUCGCCAAUCCCCACACUCCGACUCAAAGAGCUCUUAACGAGCAAACUCAUGCUACAAUCGAACGACUACUCCAUUGACAAAAGACUAAGCGAGUGCAUGAAUCGGUUCCAUCACAUACGCGCACCCACACUACCCCAUCUCCUCUCUCUAUUCGCACAUCCACCACCCAACUUCCCUGCAGAGGGCACAAGUCUGCUCAUCGUCGACUCCAUCUCUGCGCCAUUCCAAUCCUACUUCCCCAACUCCACCGAACUCCGGUCCCGCCUACAAACACAGGGGCAGGGACAUGCACAAGGAACCGAGAACCAACAAAAACAAGCCACGCAAUGGCUCCUAAACCGCAAAUGGAAUGUAAUAAGCGACAUGGCCAACAAAUUAGUCAAACUAGCCACUACCACUACCACUGGCGCUACUACAAACCGGCCAAAAAUGGCCAUCAUCCUCCUAAACCAGACACAUACCAAAAUCAAGGGCCAGCCGCGUCCGACGCUCUACCCGGCUGUGGGCGGCGGCCAGUCGUGGGAGAAUUGCGUGCAGACAAGGAUUGUAUUGUAUCGAGAUUGGUGGUCUGGCAGUUCCGAAUCGAGCAAAGUAGGCGGAUUGCGAGAGCUGCGCAGUACCCAGCAAGAGCAACAAUCCAUACCACGGUCUACGCCUAUACUGAGCGUGCGAAAACGCAAGGUUGAUGAAGUCGCGGACAGCGAAGAUGACAAUGUUGAAGAUGAUGACAGCGAAUUCGUAGAUGGCAACGAAGACGAUUUCCAGUGGGAUAAUGCAGUUGAUACUGGAAGCUAA